AUGACCUCAGUCUGUGUGCGAACAGUUAAGAUCCACUCUACGGCUAGACGUUAUGCAACCCAGGAUGAAACGGAAUACUAUGGGAUUCGAAAAUACUCAGCGCAAGUCAUGGGGGAAUCACCGCAUUCAAUUGAGAAGUUGAUGAAGAAAUGCCAUGCUUGGAAUUUGGAUCAACGUCAGAUGCAGCAUCUGCUUAUGCCGAUCCAAGGAUUUCUUCAUGUGGAUAACAGAUCCUUCUAUACCGUAUCUGAACACGCAUCUAUGACUCUGGCGAAAGUACUCCUGGUGGUCAAGCAGUGGCCAGGCAUGUUCUGCCACGAUGAGAUCUGGGCUAUUGUCAAGCAGGUACUCUUGAAGGCAUUAUUCUCUAAAGCGUACAUGACUGACUUGGAACAGGUCCUGGCCGGAACAGGGGCGAUUCAUCAUGUCGAGGACGAGACUCCCGACGGCUGGGUCAGAACAAGGGAAGCGCUAGUACAGCUUGCUGUGAGCUUAAUUGAAGAGUCCAGGGACCCUUGCGCCCGCUGCACUGGAUGCCGCGAUGGCCCAUCGAUGCUUGAACGUGUUGGUUCUCUUAGGGAAACAUUGGAUAUCACCCGCUGUCUCACCGAGGAAUCCACUGGUUCUGGAAACAGCAUCUUGGGAGAAGCCAUAUUGGAGGCCCUGCGUGUACGUGCCAGAGCGAUAAGGGCUGUAAAACGGUUCUAA